GGCGUGUGGGCCACAGCCUAUGGCUUUGCGGCUCCGCAGAGAGUCGCUCUAGCUCUGGCGUCAGCCUCCAACUGCGCGGGCGCCCAACACGCUGACUCGCCAAGCGCCAGGCUAGAGGCGACGCCUCGAGGUGAAAUCGAGGAGGUGCAGGAGGCGAACUCUACGUGGGCCCUGCUGUCCGGGAGAAGCCUGAAGCUUUGAGCCGCGCGGGGGCAGAGAUGGCGGAGGAGUGGGAAGGCGAUUUUGCGAAGUCAUGUGCACGCCUUGAAGCAGCAGCGACUGCAGACACCUCGGGGUCUCCAGCGGGGACCACCACCGUCGCCGCAGAGUCAUCGGAGCGCGAGGGCUACAGUAGAAAGUGCGUGUUCUGCCGGAUCGCGGGGCAGCAGGAACCCCGCACGGAACUCCUGUACUGUGAGAAUGAAGACCUAGUUUGCUUCAAAGAUAUCAAACCAGCAGCACCUCAUCAUUAUCUUGUGGCACCAAAGAAGCAUAUUGUAAAUUGCAACUAUUUAAAGAAAGAUCAAAUAGGGCUGGUUGAGAACAUGGUAACUGUUGGAAAAACCAUUCUUGAAAGGAAUAAUUUCACUGACUUCAACAAUAUUAGAAUGGGUUUCCAUAUCCCACCGUUUUGUUCCAUUUCCCACUUGCACCUUCAUGUUUUGGCACCAGUCGAUCAGCUUAGCUUCUUAUCAAGAUUGGUUUAUAAAGAGAAUUCCUAUUGGUUUGUCACACCUGAUUAUUUGAUUGAAAAACUAAGAACAUGAAAAUGUCAGCAGUGGAAGAUUUUUGUAAUCUUGGCUCAACAUAAACUAAUAUCUUGGUCUCUUUGAAGUCUAAUUACAAUUGUAAGGUUCAUUGGGUUUUAUGGGAAGCUAUUACUGAGUAGACUUAAAUGCAUUGUAAUGGAAUUUUAUCUGUAAGACUGUAAAUGGGAAAGAAACAUAAAGUGGUUAUGUUAAUGUAUUAAAACUGGCAGAAACUGUUGCUUUAUGGCUUGUUUAUUGUUCCAGAGGAAAAUUAGAAUUAAAAAGUGGUUAGACCUAUCUUUUAUCAUGAAAAAGUACUGAUUUGAAAGUGGAGAUAGGGUUGGAUGAAAAAGUUUAUUUUAAUAACAAUGUUAAUAUUGAUAAAUCAUUUCAUGAGACAUAUUUCUUUAGGAAUUGUCUUUUGGUGCUAAUCUACACUAACAAUAAUGAAUGUUAAUGAAGAGUAAGUACUGAAAGUUAAUCUUACAUUGCGCCAGUGUAUAAAAGUACCAUGUACGUGAAUAUAAAUGAACGUAAGGAUUAAAGUAUUGACCUUAGAAAUAGGCUGAGAAGACUAGGUUUUUGUUUUUUUUUCCCUUCCUUUUUGGGGGGGCAUGAUAUUAAAAAUAGUUAUAAGUAAUUAAAUACUAUAAUGUUGAGCUACAACCACUGGAAACAAUAUUGUUUAGUUCAUUUAUUUAUUCAACAAACAUUUGCUAAGCAUUUAGCAUGUACCAGACACUGCCAGGAUCAGAAAAUAGAGAAGUGAGGAAGGACAGUCUGCCUUUAAUUACAAAACCAGUGAGUACAAUUUAGUAUGUUGGGUGCAAAAAUGUCCAUAGAUGAGGCUGUGGAGAGGAAAACCCUUUUGAGAGAAGUGGCAGUAGAACUGAGUAUUUGAGACUCAUUGGCAGUAGAGAGUGGAAGUUUAGGCUGAGACCAACAUGCAUUUUUCUGGAGUUCUGCUUCCAUUAUUAUUCACUUUACAGUUGAAUGUCCAAAUUCUGUUUUAUUCACUGGAGGUGGACAGAGGGAUCUGGAAGUAGGGGUUAUGGGCUCUCAAAAUUAGAUUUACAAGUGUUUCAGCACUGCUUUAUUAAGUAGCUCACUGAGCACCUUCACAGAUUAGCAGUUUCACAUUUCCAUAAAUCACUACAACUGUGACCAGCUUCAGAAAAGGAAUGUUCAACAUGUGCAACAUGUUGUACUAUGUGAACUUAAGAGUGAUGUAAUUGACAGUAUUAUGAUAAUAACUGUAAGGUAUCUAAAGAAUUUUUUUUUUGUCUUUUGCCUUUUUCUAGGGCUGCUUCUGCGG